GACAAUGCGACAAACUACAAAGCUACUGGAGUUAUGUUAAUGGAAAAAAGAAAGAAAUUAUACUGGACACCAUGUGUAGCACAUUGCAUUGACCUCAUGUUAGAAGAUUUUGAAAAAAAGACCACAGUUCAUCGUGAUACAAUUACAAAUGGCAAGAAGGUAACUCAAUAUAUCUAUUCUAAGUCUUCUCUCAUUUCUUUGUUGCAACACUUCACCAAAGGAAAAGAUUUAGUGAGGUCAGUUGUAACUCGGUUUACAACUUCAUAUUUAACUUUGGGUUGUCUCAUGGAGAAUAAAGGAGCAUUGAUAAGAAUGUUCACGUCUAAUGAAUGGACAUUAAGUAAGUUUGUAAAAUCAAUCGAAGGAAAGCAAAUUGAAGAAGUUGUAAUAGAUAAAGAGUUUUGGAAAAAUAUUAUCAUUUGUUUGAAAGGUGUUUUUCCAUUAAUCAAAGUCCUUCGACUAGUUGAUUCGGAUGAAAAGCCAGCUAUGAGACUUAUCUACGAAGCAAUGGAUGAAGCCAAAGAAAAACUUCAAACCAACUUCAAUGGUGUCCAAAAAAGGUAAAUAUAUUGUAUUGCCCUAUACAUAUUUUCUGUUGUGCUGUCCUUUACUGUCCCCUUCUAGCUCUGUACCGCAACUAACUCACUAUUUUUCUCUAUAAUUUAGUUUCAAGCCUUUAUGGGAUAUUAUUGACGAGAGGUGGGAUAAACAACUUCAUAGACCUCUACAUGCUGCAGGAUACUACCUCAAUCCACAACUACACUAUGAUGUUGAUUUUAAAGUCGACUAUGAAGUUAAACAUGGAUUGUAUGAUUGCUUGCAAAGAAUGGUGGAAGAUGUUGGUGAAAUUAGCAAAAUUGAUGCACAACUUGAGGAUUUUAAGAAAAAAGCAAAAUUCUUUGGUAGUCCGAUUGCAAUGGUUGUACUCAAAACCAAAACUCCAACCCAAUGGUGGGAGUCAUAUGGGGACGAGCAUCCGGAGCUUCAAGCGUUUGCAAUUCGCGUGUUAAGCUUAACUUGUAGUUCAUCCGGAUGUGAGAGAAAUUGGAGUGCUUUCGAAAUGGUUCACACAAAGAGGAGAAAUCGUCUUAAGCAAAAGACGAUGAAUGAUGUAGUUUUUGUUAUGACCAAUUCAAAAUUAGCCGAGAAGAAGAAAAACAGAAAAAUAAAAGAGUAUAAGUUUGAUGACAUUGAGUCUGAUAAUGAAUGGAUUGUCAACAAUGAUGAAGAUUUUGAAAAUGAAAUUUUAGAUUUUACUAUAGAAAAUAAGGAUUUUGAAGUUGUCACUACUGAAGGAGAGGAUGAAAUUGAUGCUGCUACUGCUGAAGGGGAUAAUGGAAUUGAAGCCACUACUGAAAAUGAAUUGGAGAUUCAUAACCUUGAUGAUGAGUUUGAUGGAGAAGAAGAAGAUUCUCGCCUUGAUGAUCAGAAUGCCUUGAAAGAUUUAUUAAAUGAUAUAUUUUAG